AUGCCGGUGACCGUGACGCGCACGACCAUCACCACCACGUCCUCGGCCUCGCCCACCGUGCUGGGCUCGCCGCGGGCGCUGACCCAGCCUCUGGGCCUGCUCCGCCUGCUGCAGCUGCUGUCCACCUGCGUGGCCUUCUCGCUGGUGGCCAGCGUCAACGCCUGGGUGGGCUUCUCGGGCAACUUCUGCAUGUUCGCCUGGUGCUUCUGCUUCGCCGUGACCCUCGUCAUCAUCGCGGUGGAGCUGGCCGGGCUGCAGGCCCGCUUCCCGCUGUCCUGGCGCAACUUCCCUAUCACCUUCGCCUGCUACGCCGCCCUCUUCUGCCUGACCGCCUCGGUCCUCUACCCGGCCACCUACGUCCAGUUCAUGGGCCAGGGCCGCUCCCGCGACCACGCCAUCGCCGCCACCGCCUUCUCCUGCGUGGCCUGCCUGGCCUACGCCACCGAGGUGGCCUGGACCCGCGCCCGGCCCGGCGAGGUCACCGGCUACAUGGCCACCGUGCCGGGCCUGCUCAAGGUGGUGGAGACCUUCAUGGCCUGCAUCAUCUUCGCCUUCAUCAGCGACCCCUACAUGUACAAGGACCGGCCGGCCCUAGAGUGGUGCGUGGCCGUGUACGCCAUCUGCUUCAUCCUGGCCGCCGUGGCCAUCCUGCUCAACCUGUUGGACUGCACCAACGCCCUGCCCGUGCCCUUCCCCACCUUCCUGUCCGGCCUGGCGCUGGUGUCCGUGCUCUGCUACGCCUCCGCCAUGAUCCUCUGGCCGCUCUACCAGUUCGACGAGAAGCACGGCGGCCAGCCCCGGCGCGCCAGGGACCCCAGCUGCCGGGGCAGCCACGUCCAGUACGUGUGCCCCUGGGACCGCCGCCUGGCCGUGGCCAUCCUCACCGCCAUCAACCUGCUGGCCUACGUGGCCGACCUGGUGCACUCGGCCCACCUGGUCUUCGUCCGGGUCUGA